GUCUCCACUCAUGUUCUCCUGGUUCUCCUUGGUCAUAGGAUGAGGUGGGAAGACAAAUUUCAGAUGAUAACGUGAUUAAUGAUGCAAGAUGCGAAGAAGAUAGUUCAUCAGUAGUUCGACGAAGAGGACCUAAUCACGGGUCUCAAAUUCCAACCAAUAUUGAUGAACGGACUCAAAUAAAUGUGGUUAUGAAUAAAUUUGUCGAAAAUGAGGUUCCUCGUGAAAUUACAAAUGAUAUAAAAGGAGUGAUUAAAGGAGUAUGGCCAACGUGGAAAAAGUUGAGAUAUAAUUGAGAUAAUUUUACCGACAGAGAAAUGAAAAAGGUAUGGAAUGAAAAUUCAAGUGAGAGAUACAGGGCAUCCAUUCAUUUGGCUAAGAAAGUAGCAUUAUCAUCUGCACAAGAAGAUUUAGGAAGGAAACCAGACAUAUUAGAUAUGAUAGGUAGAGGACCUGAUUGGAUGGAAGCUAAUAUAUGGAAUGACUUGGUUAAAAUUCAUUGGAAUAAAGAAGAUCACAAGAUUAAAUGUGAAAUUGCAUGGAAGAAUAAAAUGACAGCGAAGGAUGAGUCUGCUACCAAGCAUACUGGGGAUUCAAUUUCUUUUGGAUCACACCGUGAGAGAAUGAAAAAAGAUUUGGGACGAAAUGUGGAUGAAUUUGAGGUUUUUGAACGAAUGCAUAAAAGAAAGCAAGGUAUUGGAGAGUUUGUGGAUAACAAAUCAGCUCGAGUUAGUGAACAAUAUAAAGAGAGACAAAAUGUUGAUGAUCAGUCUACUCGACCUUCAUUCAAUCUCAAAUCAUGGUGUGAUGUGGUGGGCGACCCAUGUAAGGGGAGGGUGUACGGAUUUGGAUGCAAUCAACAUUUUAGAAGAUCAUACAAUGGAAAUUCCAAUGAAAUGUGCUCUCAUGAGAAGAACAAGGAAUUAUCUCAAGAAAUUGAAGACAUGCGUGCUAUUAGCAAGAGGAUGGAGGAAGAAAUUACUGAAAGCAAAAAUAAAUUGGAACUCGUUAUCAAAGAAAAUAGACAGAGGGAAGAACAACUUAUCGAGGAAAGUAGGCAAAGAGAAGAAAAUCUAAAAAAGAUGGUUCGUAAAAUGAUUUAA